AUGAGGUUGUGGCGCGAGAGGGCGCGGUGCUCGAGGCCGUGGUGGCAGAGCGAGAGGCCGGGGCCGAGAUUGUGGACUUCGGCGGAUUCGGGAGAGAGUGUGGUGCCUAGUGUGGCGAUUGCGUCGGUGACCCAGUCGGUAUCCGUGGCGAGUGAGGCCAGUGUGGAUGCGAGUGUUGGUUUGGGAGCGGGGGCUGCUCCGGGUUGGGGUGGUGCUCCGGCUCAGGGUCUUGAUGACUUAGUGGUGGGUUUGCUGACGCAGUUAUUGGCUCGUUUUCCGCCAGUGGUUCCACAGGGGGCUCCGGGAGUACCUCCAGUGGCAGAGGUGCAGCAGAGGGCUGCGGUGGGCGGUUUUGAGUCCCACGUUUUAUUCGACUCUGGAGCAUCGAAUUGCUUCAUUACACCGGAGCGUGCCGAGAAGAGUGGCAUCCGGAGUAGCGCGGGCGAGAGCGCGGGCAUGGUCAAGGUGGCGGGAGGUGGAUUCUUGUCUACUUUGGGCCGUGCUAGAGGAGUCGAGAUCGAGAUUGCGGGGCAGUCAAUGCCAGCAGACUUAGUCAUCAGUCCGGUGGAGCUGUAUGACGUUAUUCUCGGGAUGGACUGGUUGUCACACUACAGAGUUCAUCUGGAUUGCUACAGAGGUAGAGUGGUCUUCGAGCGAGAUGCAGGGAGGUUGGUUUAUCAGGGAGUGAGACCGACUUCCGGGAGUAUUGUGAUAUCUGCUAUUCAGGCCGAGCAGUUGUUAGAGCGGGGCUGUGAGGCGUAUCUGGCGACGAUUUCUAUGUCUGAGUCAGGAGCUGGAGUUGUUAUGGGAGAUAUUGAGGUUGUCCAGGAUUUUGAGGAUGUCUUUCAGUCACUGAAGGGAUUACCACCAUCUCGGUCUGAUCCUUUCACGAUUGAGUUAGAGCCGGGGACAGCACCGAUAUCGAAGACGCCUUACAGGAUGGCGCCAGCUGAGUUGGCAGAGCUGAAGAAGCAGAUAGAGGACCUUUUGUCUAAGGGGUUCAUUCGACCAGUGUUUCACCGUGGGGAGCACCGGUACCCACUCCCGAGGAUUGAUGAGUUGUUGGAUCAGUUGAGGGGUGCUACUUGGUUCUCCAAGAUUGACUUGGCAUCGGGGUAUCAUCAGAUCCCGAUAGAUGAGGCAGAUGUCAGGAAGACUGCUUUCAGGACGCGUUAUGGGCAUUUUGAGUUUGUGGUUAUGCCUUUCGGUUUGACUAACGCGCCGGCAGCCUUCAUGAGAUUGAUGAACGACGUGUUCAGGGAGUAUUUGGAUGUGUUCGUCAUCAUUUUCAUUGAUGAUAUUCUGGUAUACUCGAGGAGUCAGGAGGAGCAUGCGACUCACUUGAGGUUGGUUCUGGAGAAGCUUCGGGAGCAGAAGCUUUUUGCUAAGUUGAGCAAGUGCAGUUUCUGGCAGCGAGAGAUGGGAUUUCUUGGCCACAUUGUUUCUGCAGAGGGAGUUUCUGUGGAUCCGGCUAAGAUUGAGGCUAUCAGAGAUUGGCCUAGACCUAGUAGUGCCACCGAGAUCAGGAGUUUUCUGGGUUUGGCAGGAUACUACAGGAGGUUCGUCAAGGGGUUUGCUACCAUGGCGCAGCCGAUGACGAAGUUGACCGGGAAGGAUGUCCCGUUUGUUUGGUCAGCUGAGUGUGAGGAGAGCUUUAGUCAGCUCAAGGAGAUGUUGACUACUACACCAGUGUUGGCGUUACCCGAGCCAGGGAAGCCUUACAUGGUGUAUACAGAUGCUUCAGGCAUUGGUCUUGGUUGUGUGCUGAUGCAGGAGGGCAGAGUGAUAGCAUAUGCUUCGAGACAGUGGCAGGGCAGUGAGCGUAACCGUCCUACACAUGACUUAGAGUUGGGAGCAGUGAUCUUCGCGUUGAAGAUUUGGAGGUCUUACUUGCUAGGUGAGACAGUACAGGUCUUCACGGAUCACAAGAGUUUGCAGCAUAUCUUCACUCAGCCGAUGAUGAACGCGAGACAGACGCGCUGGGUUGAGUUCUUGGCGGACUAUCAGGUGAGCAUUAACUACCAUCCGGGCAAGGCUAACCUAGUGGCGGACGCGUUGAGUAGACGGAGGUAUGAUUCCGCAGUUGAGCGAGAUGUGGAGUCUCUAGUUGGCGAGAUCAGUACCUUGCGUUUGUGUGCCAUUUCGCAGGAGCCUUUGGGUUUAGAGGCAGUGGAUCAGGCGGAUCUACUUAGCAGGAUCAGAGUUGCUCAGCAGAGUGAUCAGAGUUUGCUGGAUGCGACGAGAGUGACUGGUUCUGAGUAUGAGGUCUCUGCGAAUGGGACUAUCUUGGUUCGUGGGCGAGUUUGUGUGCCUAAGGAUGUGGAGUUGAGACAUCAGAUUUUGGGAGAGGCUCACGCGAGCAAGUUUUCCAUUCAUCCGGGAGCGACCAAGAUGUACCAUGACCUCAAGAGGUACUAUCAUUGGGUCGGGAUGAAGAGGGAUGUAGCAGACUGGGUUGCGAAGUGCAACACUUGUGCCUUGGUGAAGGCAGAGCAUCAGGUUCCGGGUGGUCUUUUGCAGAGUUUACCCAUUCCAGAGUGGAAGUGGGACAGGAUUACGAUGGAUUUCGUGGUUGGACUACCUGUUUCGAGGACUUUCGAUGCUAUCUGGGUGAUUGUGGAUCGGUUGACUAAGUCCGCACAUUUCUUGGCCAUCAAGAAGACAGAUGGAGCUGCUGUCUUGGCUAGGAAGUUUGUGCGAGAGAUUGUGAGGCUGCAUGGAGUGCCAGCUAGUAUUGUGUCAGACCGUGAUCCCAGAUUCACUUCAGAGUUUUGGAGGGCGUUUCAGGCAGAGAUGGGCACUAAGGUGCAUCUGAGUACAGCUUAUCAUCCGCAGACAGAUGGUCAGUCAGAGAGGACUAUUCAGACUUUGGAGGAUUUGCUGAGGAUGUGUGUGUUGGAUUGGGGUGGCCAUUGGGCAGAUCACCUGAGCUUAGUUGAGUUUGCAUACAACAACAGCUUUCAGGCGAGUAUUGGCAUGGCUCCAUUUGAGGCUUUGUAUGGGAGGCCAUGUAGGACACCCCUAUGCUGGACCCAAGUGGGGGAGCGCAGCAUGUAUGGAGCUACUUAUGUUCAGGAGACGACAGAGAAGGUUCGUGUUGUGAGGCUGAACAUGAAGGAGGCUCAGGAUAGGCAGAAGAGUUAUGCAGAUAGACGCAGACGAGAGCUUGAGUUUCAGGUUGGAGAUAGAGUUUAUCUCAAGAUGGCUAUGUUGAGGGGUCCUAACAGAUCCAUAGCAGAGAACAAGCUGAGUCCGCGAUUUAUGGGUCCGUUUCCAGUAGUGGAGCGAGUUGGGCCAUUGGCUUACAGGCUGGAGUUGCCUGAGAUUAUGAAAGCCUUUCACAAGGUUUUUCAUGUGUCGAUGCUGAGGAAGUGUCUUCACCCUACAGAGGAGUUAGUGGCUAGGAUUCCAGAGGAUCUUCAGCCAGAUUUGACAGUGCCGGCAGUGCCUGUGAGGAUUUUAGAGAGGAGGGAAAAGGUUCUGAGGAACAAGAGGAUUCCCUUACUGAGGAUUUUGUGGGAUUGCAGUGGUUCUACAGAGGAGACUUGGGAGCCAGAGGCAAAGAUGAAGUUGAAGUUCAGGAAGUGGUUCGACAAGCAGGUCGAGGAGUGA